AAAAGUUAAUCCAAAAGACUUUUAUGUACAAAUCAUUUUUCUUUCAUUUAUUACAAAUUAGUUACAUACUUCUCACACCCAAUAAAAAAUAUUGUGUUUCUUUUGUUUUAAGGUACCAUAAAAAUAAAAGAAGAAAUAUUUUGACAUUUCUUUUCGCGGUAUAAAAUUAGGUUUUUUCGAGUAAAACACAGAAAAUGUGUUGACGUUUACAAUUUACAGUGAAAUACUUUUAAGAUAUUCAUAUAAUUGAAAUCAUUUGUUGUCAUUCAUAAAUGCAUAAACAUGACAACAGAACUCUGUGGCGAAGACGUUAUUGUGCGCUUAUCAUCACCUCAAAUUAUAUCUACAGAGACAAUCGUAGCAGCUUCUACAGCCGGUAAUGGCGGGACAGGUGGAGCGGGCAGCUCGGGCACGCGCGUGCAGGCGGGCGGGGUGGAGCUGGGCCGACGUUUGCUGCUGGCGGCGCGGGCCGGCGACACCGGCGCUGUGCUCGACCUCAUGGCAAAGGGCGCGCCUUUUACUACAGACUGGCUUGGCACGUCGCCGCUCCACCUGGCGGCCGCCAACAACCACGUGGAGACGUGCGCCGUGCUGCUGCGCGCCGGCGUCAGCCGCGACUCGCGCACCAAGGUGGAGCGCACGCCGCUGCAUCUCGCCGCGCACGCCGGCCACGCGCGCGUCGUGGCGCUGCUGCUCGACCACGGCGCCAUGGUGGACUGUCGGGACAUGCUGCGCAUGACGCCGCUGCACUGGGCGGCGGCGCGCGGGCACGCGGGCGCGGCGCGCGAGCUGCUGCGGCGCGGGGCCGACGCGCGCGCGCGCUGCAAGUUCCGCAAGACGCCGCGCUGCCUGGCCGCGCGCCGCCGCCGCGCCGACCUGCUGGCGCUGCUGGACGCGGCCGAGGCGGGCGCGCCGCCCGACCCGCCGCCCGAUCAAAUGACAGAUGAAACUUCGAAAAUGGAACAAGGUUUUGAAACUAUUCAAAGAACGCAAGAUAUCAAACCACUAACUAAAGUCAGAAUACAACCAGAAAAAACUAUAAUUAUCGAGUCAAAAACAGAGCCCGUCCCGAGCUCGAUGUGCGGCGGCGCGACAUCCGGCGCGGCGGGAGCGGGCGGCGCGGGGGGCGCGGAGGGCGGCGCGGCGGCGCUGCUGCGCGCGCACGGCAUCACGCUGCUGCCGGCCGACCGCGGCUGCACCGUGCUCACGGCCCUGCGCAGUGGCCGCACCGUCAUGCUCUCCGAUGCCGGUAAGCUAAUGUUGAAGGAGAGCGGCGACGGCGGUCCCUCUACUGAACCUCGGAUCGUCGCCAACGAUACGAUAGCGAGCUCGACCGGCAACGCGACUAUCGACGAAACCAGCUCUGCGAUGGAUAUCAUAAACACGAGUGCUGCGGUCGGUGCGGGUGGUGCGGAUAAUGCGGGCGGCGCGGGCGGCGCCGGCGGAGCGCUGGUGCGCGCGGUGAGGACGAUGCGACCCGCGAGGAACGUCAAAGUGGUAACGAUUAACAAGCCUCAGCAACCACUCAAGAAGAUCAUUCAUCCGAGUGACCUGCAGCAGGUGAAGCUCGUGCAGGUGUCGGGCGCGGAGGGCGCGCGGCCGCGGCCGGCGCUCAAGCUGCUGCUGAACAAGGCCAACCUGCAGCGCCUGCUCGCCUCCGCCGAGCCCGCGCGACGAGCCGCAGCUGCCGGCUCGCAGCCGGUAGCACAGCUUCCGACCGAGCCCGUGAGCAUGGAGACGGAGGAGGCGGGCGCCGCGGAGGCGGAGGCGGGCACGGAGUCGGAGCGCAGCCUGCGCGCGCAGCUGCUGGCCGCGCACGCAGCCAUCGCCAACAUGGCGGCCGAGCUGCGCGUGUGUCGCGCUAAGCUCGCACACUACGAAAAGGAGCGACCACAGUGAACCUGCCUAUGUAUCCACUUGGUAUGGAAAUUUACACAGAAAAUGUUUCAAAAGCCAGAUUUAUUCAUUUAUGAAGAAUCUUGAAAGGCAAGAGAACACAUCACACGAGUAACGAGGACGAAAUCACUCGAGCUAUGGUCACAGCUGUCUGAAACGACUGUGGAGCAUAGUAUAGUGUUAGAUAUAUCUUUCGAUCUGUUUGAUUAUUUAAUUAUGAUGUAUUUUUAUACGAGACUGUAAUACAAUAUUAAACAUAGUUAGUCCACCUUUUCGGUUUUGAUGUUAUAUUUGAUACAUUAAUAUUAAUAGGUAAUGAUAAUAAAACAAUUUGGUUUUGUAAAUAAAAAUAUUCAUAUCACCAUUGAAGUGUCUUGUAUCUUUGUAAAGACUGAGCUCUCUUUAAUUAAAUUUUGUAAGAAAUCGCACAAACAUAUAAACUGUUUUUUUUAUUCAUUAACAAUAAAAAUAAUAAACAUGUUUUUUAACUGCACAAUUCAAGAAAAAACUACUUGUAUAAAUAAUAUCCAUGUUGUGUGGAAAAAAUGCAUUGCCAUAUCUAUUGUAGCUAAUGUUUUCUAUUGCCUCGAAUGUCAAUUCUGAUUUCUAAUUAAUGAUAGGUGAUAUUACUGCAACUGUGUUAUUUAAAAUAAACCAUAUUGCAUUUAACAUUAUUUACAUGUAUCACAAAUUGAUCAUAAAAUGUGAUUAAUACUUUGUAGUUAAUAAAAUUACAGGUAUUAUCACUAAAUUAUAAACAAAAGUAAUUAUUUAUCAAUAGAAACUUAAGUACUCGCAAUGCAAUAUAAUAAUCCUGUGAUUUAGUAAAAUUGACGUUUGUGUUGAUAUUUUUUACUUUUAUACCACCUACAAUUGGUUUUGUGGAGCCAAUUUUAAUAUAUCUAUAAAGUGCAUUUGUAAUAAACCGCUAACACCAAAUAAACCAUAUCUAUUUAACCGAGUAUCAACUGAGCUGAAGGUAUAAUUUUAAAUAUUAGCAUAUAGAGCAAAUUAUUUGGAUUAUUAAGUGCCAAUUGUUUCAAUCAAAUCUGUUUUUAAUUGAAUUAAUUCUGUUAUUUAUAAAAAGUUUAAGGUUUAAAAAUAUAAAACAAAUGUUAUGUA